AUAAAACAAUUGACACGUCAAAAUAUAGGAAAGAAGUUUUGGGGAAAGGUGCAGGCACUUUUUGGUGCAAUUUCUAAAAGGAACUAGUGACUAAAUUUGUGCUGAAUUAUGAUUAGAAAUUACCUGAUAGUUGCAUGUAUUGUGUAUUGUGUUGCUGUAGCUCCUGCCCAUGGAUACGUCGUCACAGUUGAUGCCCAUUCAGAAGAAUGUUUCUUCGAUCGCGUGGAAGCUGGAAUGACCAUGGGUUUGAUCUUCGAAACAAUUGAAGGUGGUUUCCUGGACAUUGAUGUUCGCAUCUCAGAUCCAGAGGGUAAAAUCAUCUAUCACGGUGUCCGGGAGUCUUCCGGCAAAUUUGCCUUUGCCGCACACAUGACCGGUGCCUAUAACUAUUGCUUCAGUAACCAAAUGUCCACAAUGACCCCCAAGGUGGUCAUGUUCUCCAUGGACAUCAAUGAAAGCACCAAGAAAAAUGGCAGCGAUGGGGCUGCAGGAGGAGCAGAGGAUGCGGAUGGAAGUCACACGAAACUUGAUGAUAUGAUCAAAGAGCUCUCUGGGACAUUGACCAGCAUUAAACACGAGCAGGAAUACAUGCAUAUGCGUGACAGAAUCCACAGAAACAUCAAUGAGAGCACAAACUUCCGCGUUGUCAUGUGGUCAACAUUCGAAGCCCUCGUUCUCAUCGUGAUGACCAUCGGUCAGAUCUACUACUUAAAACGCUUCUUCGAGGUGAGGCGCGUGGUGUGAGCUAGACAUUUUCUUUUUCUUUGGCGGUAUAUAUUUAAUUUAACGAGAAAAGAGAAAAAAAAUGUGAAGAAAUAUUUCUACACUCUCAA